AGAGUCAUCAUUCGGGCGUAAUCCCGAGCAUUGUUGCUCUUAUUUCGUAUUAUUAUUUGCUCUCUUCUUCCAAUGCUUUUACUAGACAUUUGAUUUCUCCAAAAGAUUCUCUCCCACUCUCUUUCUUUCUUCGCGCAUCCAACCGGUGGAAAGAAUUAAUACGUCGCAUCAGCUGCGUAUUACUCACACAUCCCUGUUUUUCCGGUCGGUCUCCCGCGCGGCGCACGGAGAAUCUCCCACUCCCGAUUGUCUCCGGGCUUCCCCAGCAGGUUUCUCCGACCAAAGUGGACGACAACUUGGAUAGGGACAUUUGAGUAUGGACGACAAGGCCGCGCUGACAAGGCCUCUGACGGCACAAUUCGAGCACGGCCAGCGGCAGCAGCAACAUCAUGAUGCUGCGUCUCGUUGGAACACGAGUAAUCUGGGCCUGCGUCUUGCCGCGGACGUUGCAUCUGCAAGCACUGCAAGUGUUCUUGUCGCACCGGCCAUUAUCGUGAUUGAUCGAGCCAUUAUAGAAAAGUCGGCCGGACAUACCACCCUGCUCUCAAGUGUCGGACAGCAGCUGAAACAUGCACUUCUUCGACCACACAAGUUUAUAUUCUCCAAGCCAUUCGGAUUAAUAUAUCUCGUCUAUUUUGGAACAUACCUGACCGCCAACUCUGUCGACACCGCAACAUCUGUAUCCAAUGGCUCCGCGGCGUCGGCGACGUCCAGCGGCAUGCCCAAAUUCCUAGCAACCACCGUCGCAAACAUGGGCAUCUGCUUAUACAAGGACUCACGAUUUGCGCAAAUGUUUGGAUCCAGCGGCGGGGGUGGUGCUGCUCGGCCCGUGCCACCAGCGUCCAUUGCCCUUUUCGCCAUCCGCGACUGUCUUACCAUUUUCGCAAGCUUCAAUCUACCCCCGAAACUGGCGCCGCUGUUGCCCAUGACAGAUGAGGUCGAAAAGGUCAUGAGCCGCGCGACCGCGGCGCAGUUUAUCACCCCGGCAGCAUGCCAAUUGGUCAGCACGCCAAUCCAUUUGCUCGGUCUGGAUCUGUUCAAUCGGCCGAACGGUGCUGGCGGCCUGGGUGCCAAGGCGUUGAGCUGGUCUCAGCGCUGGAGCAAGAUCCGUCAGGAUUGGCUCACAAGUAGCAUUGCGCGCAUGUGUCGUAUUGUGCCGGCCUUUGGAGUCGGCGGGGUUGUCAAUGCGGAUUUGAGGAGGAAGCUGAUGGCGCGGGUGGAAUAGAGAAUGGAACGGGUAAAAAGGAAAGGCUUAAGAGGCUAUACCGAUUGUUGGGCGGGAUUUAAUAAGCGUCUGAAAAGUUGGUCAAUCCUCCGCGUUUAUCAUUGUUUUGACUUUGGGGUAUCCGCUGCUGGACAGAUCGGAUGUCUAUUUGUCGGUUUUAAGUUUAUUUUUAUCCUCGUGUUCUGCUCUUUGAACUGUCUUUCAACUUUAUUUCUUUUUUUUUCUCUCGCGAUGAGGGCGUCGAAUCUCUUUGUUGACGCUGAAGAUGAGCAGGCGUCUUAAAAAGUAUAAUACCCUAUAGACUCUUUGUAAUGAAUAUAUCUAUUAAAAGUCUUGAUUUGGCGUUCUCCUUCCCUGUAGUCCAUGGGCAGCGAGCUGGUUAGAGAAAUUUGACAUAUAUCACUUGGCGUA